CGCGGAGAGUUCGGGGCGUGGUGGGCUGCCGCAGGGUUAUCUACAGGAGUCCGGCUCUCCUGGGGACAUGUCAGCGGCGGCCUGGCCCGUGCGCACCGAGAGAAGGAAGCUGUGAGCCAGGCGGGCAGUGGAAGCGGCAGCGAGUCGACUCCCGGGCAGUCUCCAGGCCGCCCGCGGCGCCCGCGCCCACAGGAUUCCGGCGCUCUGCCGGUUCCCCGGGAGUCGCCAUGGCAACGAACGCCGGGUCCUGGACUCGGCGGGAGGCGCCCGGCCCAGCUGCCACCUCCGCGGCUCCCAUGGAGAGCUGUGCCGACGCGCCCGAGACCGAGGAGUGCUGGAAGAUCAUCGAGAACCUCGAGUCCACUAUUGAACAAUUCCAGUUCAGCCCCAGAUUUAACAUUUCAGAUGAUUUGAAGGUUGGCUUUUUCAGCACAGACCAUGCUACUCAAACGGAUUCCAGUGAGAUUUUGCCAUUAAAAGAGUUGAGUUCAUCUACACAAAAGCUAGUGCAGAUUAUUAAAUCUCUUCAGGUGGAUUUUGGGUUCCUCAAACAAUUGAUUCAACUGAAGUUUGAGGACCGUCUUAAAGAGGAAUCUUGCAGACUCUUCACUUCUCUACACGACAGGAUCCUGACAAUCGAAAAACGUUACCAACAGAAUGAGGAUACCUUAAGAAAAUGCUACAAUCAGCAGCUGGCCGAUGCCAUAGCUACUAUCAAAGGAAUGUACCAGCAAUUCUUUGAGGUGGAAGAAGAGAAGACAUCUGUGCAUGAUGCAAGGACUGUCAAAAUGAAUAUUUUGUUAAAAAAACUGAAGGAGAAAGAAGAACUCAUUAAGGAAUUAAGAGAAGAACUGGACCAAUAUGAAGAAUUUGGAUCUCAAAAAGUUGACUCUUUUAUCAAAGACGGCAGCCCUCUAAGAACAGCUCUGGAAAAGGAAAAUUUGGAGUACAAAGUGGAACAUGAGAGACUGCUUCAAGUCAUUUCAGAGCUCGAAGAAGAAAUCCAACUCAAUCUAAAAGAAAAUUCAGUAUUAGAAGAUGAAAUUAUAAGUCUGAAAGAGAUGGCAGAAAAGGAUCAUAAAACCAUUCAAAAGCUAAUCAAUGGCAGAGACAAAUUAAUAUGUGAGCUUGAUUUUGAAAAAUCAUUAGUGCAAGAAAUGGUUAAUAAACAGAAAGAGGACCUUGAAAUGAGAAGAAAGUUUGACGCCAUAGUCGCCAAGAGCCCCAGAGGCAUCAAGGGGAAAGAAACAACAUUGUCCCCGUGGCCCUCACAGCCCGGGACUGCAGGCGCUCCGAGGCCACAUUCUUCCUCCGUCGUUUCAUUGCUUUCGAAGGCCAAAAGAGUCAAGAGUCCAAAGAAGGCUUCAAAGGAAGAGCAGCCUACGGUUAGACAUGCAAUACCUGCUGCGAUGCAUGGGGAAAAAGCGAGACUAUCAGUGGCUGAGAUUGAAGAAGAGAAACGUGGUUUGGAAGAGCAAAUAGAAAUGUUAAAGGCUAAGUUAGAGAAAGAGAAAAAGAAGUCGGAGAGGGUUAAGAAGGAAUCAGAUCAGAUCAACAAAAACUGGGAAAAGAAAUUCUUAAUUCUCAGCAACAGCUUUCACGUCCUUAAGAACGAGAUGUUUACUAGGCACACAUUGUUCCGUCAGUUUGCAAUGCUGGCUGACACAUCCUUCAAUUAUGUUAAAGUUAAACCUUUAUUUGUGCAAUCCAAAGUGAAAUUGAUAACAGCGUCGACAUCUUCUGCAAGUGUUUAUCAUGCAUCUUCGAUAGACAACAGGUAUGUCGACCCAGACAGGGAUCACAUAUCCCUCCCUCCCUCACCAAGAGUGAGGCUGUCAGAAACCCUGGAAGAAGAGCCUUUGGAGAAGCCGUCGAUGCCCCAGAACACCCCAGUGAACGAUACAGAUGCUCCUGAGUAGGCACAGGACACUGGGCUGCGCAGAGCGGGACCCCAGGAAGAGGGCCCUCCCCGUCCUGGCGUAAGGACUGCCUCCCUGACAAGGGACACCAUCUCCAAGGCGUUUCUGACAUAACUGUUCCGUCUCGCCACAUGUCGCACACGCUCUGGAGCACCGCGCUUGAAGAGAAGGCCAAGUGUGCGCUCUGUGCGCACCUUUCCAAGCUCGGAAGGAAACCCCGCUCGCUGGCGCUUGGUCAGCGGGGCGCACAGACCCUGAGCCGCCGCCAAAUCCAUCCAGGCGCUUCCUGGGCUCAGCGGGGUGCCCCAACGCCUUAGGGUGGGAAGGAACGGACUUCAAUUAAAAUUAAAAAG